AUGGCUUCGAAGAGUCGAUUGUCUCGCGAAGAAAAAGGGAAAGAUAUCGCCGAUUCUUCAAGUCCGGCCAAGGACGCAGAUGGUGGUGUUUUAGACGAGUUCGAGCUGAUCCAUCAGGACGCUCUCAGAGAUACAGAGAAUCUGAGUCUCUCUCAAUGUCUCUUAGUCGCCGACGCCCACCGACAGUUUCGCGAAGAGGAAGAGCGGCAAGUUGAGGACGAGGAAGACGUCGAAGGCGGGGGACGUCUUGAAGAUGAUGUUGGUAGCGGUUCUGAAGCGCCUGGAGCGGUCGUGAGACCCCGUAGGCGAGCGCGUCGAGGAGUUGGUUCUGAUCGACUGGAACAUCCCCUUGCGAUUCGGAGUACUCGCUAUGACCGGAUUGACUGUCGCCCUGUCAUUUACCAUCCGGGCGGGAUCUUCGAGAGGUUACCCCGUCUUCCUUCGGAGGUGCUGCGUGACCCGCGGGUCCAAUCAUGGGGGAAUGUGUUUAGCUCCUGCUCAUCCGACAAGACUGUGCAGGAUUUAUUGAGACAAUGUGGCGGCGCCGGCGUUACCUACCUAAUUCCUUCUAUCGAACAGCGUCCUUGGUCGCCUCCGAUGGGAUAUCAAUGCGUGUACGAGUCAUACUUCAAAGACCAGACCAAGCUCUGGUUCCCGAUCCCUCGGUUGAUCACGUCGUACGCGUUCCGUAGGGAUAUCGCGAUCUCUCAGUUGUUGAAUGGGUCGCUACGCAUAGCCGUGAUGUUGAUGGUCUUGGCAGCGGAGAUGGAUAUCUCGAUGAGCGUGAGAGUAUUCGAAGAACUAACCUCCACAAAGGCGGAGCCAAAUGGGAUUUUCUCGGUGAAGAUGCGUUCGAGUUACAACGUCCUAACUGGUCAUCCGAACAAGACGCCGGACUGGCAGCGCGCAUACUUCUACGUUAAGUCUGAUGAACAUGCUUUUGAGGAACCGCCUGGGGACGACUACCGCGUUUUAUGGAAUAAAGAACUUGGUAGAGAUCUCGUAGUUUUCCUGUUCUUUACUCAACAAAACUAACUGUCUCUGUCGCUUCCUUUUUAUGCAGUUCGUCAUCCGAAUACGAUUGCCUACCCGGAGAAGUUUUUUGAGAGUGCCCAAGCAAUCGCAGCUCACAGUCAUCUUCGUUGGCCGGACCUUAGUCGCGAGUGGAUCCGUCGUCAACAAGCUAGAAUUGCUAGAGGUAGGUUUUGUUGUUUCCUUUCCUGAAACUCUUCUGACUCGUUGAGGUUGAACUCUGCGAUUCUCUAACUUUAGGUUUUUAUCUUUUGCAGUUGAUUGGGAGUCGAGACUUCCGUGUGUAGUCGGUCCCCGCAGGUCUCGUCUUUCUCUGUUUACUCGCAAGCAACAGAAUCUUCUUAACAAAGCAAGGGAAAUGGAAGGAGUCCCGGAUCUGAGUGCUCUGUUGAAGGGAAGACUGCAAUUGCUGUCGAAGAAAUCGGCUCCGGUUAACCCCUCUGGGGCGACUGGCUCUGGAGAUGUCGAAACUUCUGGAGAUCGUGGAGGUUCAAAAGAGGGAGCUUCCAACUCGCGCGAGGAGGGCGUUAGUGUCGAGGCUCCAGAUCCGAGUCCAAAGAAGAAGAAAAAGGAUAAGAAGACGACAGAGAAGCCGUCGGAUGAGACCUCUCCGCUUUUGUCUGCUUCUCUCGCCACGUCAUCUGAGGGUCCAAAGAUAAAGAAGAAGAAAAAGAGAACCCGCGACGAGGCGACUUCCCGAGACGAGGAGGCCACUGAGGGCGACGCGAUACUCGCAGAGCGUCCUAAAAAGAAGACGAAGAAAAAGGUCGCUGGAACUGAGCCUAGUUCUUCGGUCGUCGUGCCAACCCAAACUGAUGCCGUUAGGGAGGAUGAGACGACUCCUGACGUGCCUUUGGAGAAGAAGAGGAAGGCCGUGACGCAAAGGAGUGGUUCUUGGUCUGAGCCUGCCGGUGGCGAGAAAUCCGUCCCCGGCUCUUCUACGAGUAGGGGUCCUCGUUUAGAAGGCUCUCUCCCCAAAAAGGGGAGGGUCAAAUAUCCCGACCGCAAGGAGUUUCUCUACGACGAGAAGACCCCCCUGAUCCUUAACCCGUUGCGAUGUGCGGAGCUGACGCGUCAAAUUCGCGGUGGGACGAGAGAGUUACCGCAGUUGGAGGAUCUCUUCUUUAGGAAUGAGUACAUUGACGCCGCCGCCUUGAGAGCUCGGGUAACCUUGCUCCUCCUUUGCAGUGUGUUCCGUAUUUGCUUGUGAAACUGUUGAGCUUAGCCGUUUUGACUGAUUAAUUUCUUGCUUCUUUGCAAAGUGAUGGAAGCAUGAACUUCCUUGUCGAAAGGUAUGAUACUACCUUGAAGCAGACGAUGACCCAAUUAGGAGCUGCAGACAAGUUGGCUGCGACUAGGCUGAAGGUCAUCGAAAAGGUAAGAGCUGAACUCAAGCUGAAUAAUGAGAAGGCAGCGAAGGAGAAAGAAGUUCUUCGAGUUAAGUUCGAAGAGCUUGAGAACAAGCUGAAGGCUGACAGAGCGGCAAAGAAGGAAUUGGUGCGCGAGAAGGUUCACCUGGAAGGAGUCGCUGCGGGCCUUGAAAAGGAAAAGGCCGAGCUACUCGCUGAGAGGGACGCCGCAGUCGACAAGUUAGUCAGGUAGAGGCAACGUCUGAAGGACUCCCGGGCUCUAGAAGUCACCCGAGAAAGAGAAAGGGUUGAAACUGCUAUGAUCGAGAAGGCGGGUCGCUCUUUUACUCGCGUGCGAGAUCACUUUGCUCGUGUAGACGCCCUUGGGAAGGCGAAAAACCUGUACGGGCAAGCUUCUGGGACAAAGAAAUGUCUUGAGAUGAUAAAGGAGAGCGGAGUGGCGAUCCCGCAAGACAUGAUCGACAUGUUCGCAGAGCAAGAAAAGCUUUAUGAAGCAGAAGUCACCAAGCUGCGAGUAAGUCCGUUGGAUGAUAGAGAUUUCUCCCUUUCCCCGCUUGUUCUCCCCUCUCGUUUUGUGGAAGAGAGGUUUAAGAGGACGUUCGACCCCUACGGAUCGAACGUGGACCUGAUCAGGCCGGAGACAGCCUCCCAGCUGAUCACUUCGCGCGAGGUGACCGAGGAACCGCCUUAGGAACCAUUGGGUGACGUCACAUCGGCCCCGACAGAACAGGCCGUGGUUCCCGAGGAGAGCGCCCAUAAGGAAUCGCCCGAGAAGGAGGACCUAGAGGAGAUUCCCGAGAGAAGUUCUCCAACCACCGAUGAAGGGAUUGAGAAAACGGGUGUUGAAGACCCUGUUGUUGUCUCGGAUUCUUCGUCGGGGGAUCAAGGCGAGGAGGGUGAUGGUGAUGCUGGAGAGAUAUCGCAACCACGCCCAAGUGAGGAGGAGAAGACCGACGAUGUCAUCGAGAGAGACGGUGCGAGCUCUUCGCCCGGUGUGGAGCCUCUUGCCUCGAUUCGACCGGAGGAGGAUGCGACUCCCAUUGCUAAGAACCCGGUUGAACCUUCUGUUGCUCAACCACUCAACGGGAAUGAUGAAGAUCAAACGAUCUGAUUUCUUUAGAACUUGUAAUUUAUAUAUUUCUGUGUUUGUGGUCUUGAUAGACCCUUUUGUUGUACCUUUAGACAUAUGUCUUUAUUUCAUUUUAGUCGGCGAGUUGCUGUGCUAAGCAUGCCCUUUAUGUUUUCUAUCUGUACUUGCAGUUUUUUCUAAGUGAUGUUUCAGCUAUCUUUAUAGUUUCGCGAUAUACUCGGCUAGAAACUUUAGAUUCCUGAACCUUAGCUUUUGCAAGUAGAUAAAGAAACAAAGAAAAACGCUAGGAAGGUUCGUUCAGGUCUCCUUGUAGUUUCAAUUUGAGGUCUCGACCAAGCGAGUGUUCAACUCUCGAAAACAAAGAACUGAUUCCAAGAGUGGAAGGUUCUUUGGUCCGUUUUCCUGGUGACGAUCGAGUAGCCAGGUAGCUAAUCCGUUACGCGUUAGUCGGGAAAAGGAAAAGAUUCACUCUGUUUGGUCGGUCAAUGCUCUUUGGCAUAGGUGAUUCGCGACCGUUUGGUCCUUAAGCUAAGUGUCUGAUCAGGACAUGGCUUAUAGGAAAAGAACGUGAGUGUGCGCAUGUCCUCUGCUGGAGGAUUGUGAACCGUUAGGUAUGGAAAAUCAUUGUUUAUUCGACUGAGGUCUAAACAAGGUUUUAACUUUGGUUUUUGUAUAGCUGGACCCGUUAAGGCUGCCUACGUACCUCGGUUGAGGAUCAAGCCAUUCGUAGUUCGUGUUUUCCCGAGUAAAAGUGGCUGUUGUUAGCGCAUUUACUCGGUUGAGUAGAAAUGACUUCGGGGGUGCAUCUACUCGGGGUUUUUUUUUUUUUUUUUUUUUUAAAAAAAAGAAAAAGGUACCCCUACGGGUAGAAGCGUCGUAAAUGCAUUGAUUCAACCAAAACCACCAGUAUAAACACCAUUUUUGGAUCAAACAGUUGGCGCUAGAAGGAGGGGGCUAAGGAGAACUAUCAUCAAAUCAAAUCGAACUUGGGAGAAAACCCUAUAUCUGGUCGGUUUCUACAUUCGAUCUUCACCAAAAACAACCCAGGCUGUUUGGGCCUCAAAAAAAAAUGUUGUUUUGAAAGCCCAAGUGAAACCCAAGAGAUGACGUAUUCACCUCGUCCUCGUCAUUCACUCUGGCGAGAUCCCGACGACGGAGCCGUACAUGAACAAUGGCCAUCGGCUCCAAAUCAUCAAAACGAGCAGCGAAGACUAAGCGGCAGAGGCGUUAUCAGCAUCACUCUCGUCGAGAAAUCAGCCCUAGCUUGCUCCGCUCCCGAUAAAGCCGGAGACUUUCUCGCAUUUGAUUGCUGCGAUGGAGGUCCGGUUGCUUCCUUAGCUCGUGCUAGCUUCAACCUCCAUCCGUUCCUCCCUGGGGAGCUAAACAACAUCGAAUCACCUGGAUACAGACCUUGAGCGACUCUCAGCCCAACGGUGACGGAGGCCUGGUAAAACGGCGAUCGACAGCUUAUUGACGACUUGAGCUAUGUUUUUCUAAGAUUUACUCUUUACUGAAUUGAGCUCCAAAGUCGACAGCUUCUUCUCUCCAUCAAGGCGAGCUCAGUGGUGGCAAGGCCCUGCUUCUCCGCUGAAGAUCUCGAGACGAGCUUGCCUAAUUGGCAAAACCUUCUCGUCGUAAACUCAUUGAAGAUUGCGGCUUGAGCUUUGUUGUGAUACGAUGCUCUGUCUCUUCCUUGCGACAAGAUCACCGUAACAAGUUCUGUCUCUUUUAAUCUCGACAACGAAGCUACGCAUUUGGAUUCAACGCCGAGCUGUUUUGGGCCUCCAUCUCUAAUCUCUUUCGCUCCAGCAAGAGCUCUGAUGGGGCGAUAAACAUGACGAGGACGAGGAGCUAAACGUGCUGAGGAAGAUAAACAUGAUAGAAUCAGCAAGGUUUAAUCAUGACGUACUUGUGUAUUCUCUCAGCCACUGCUCUAAGAUGAAGAAGUCUCUUCUGUUACUGUCCUUAUCCAGCAACAGCUUUACGGAUUUUUCAGAAGCCAUGAAAGCGUUGCAGAAACCUCUCCACUCUGUUGCGACAAUGCAAAAAAGUUUCAGCAAACAUGGUGAUUCUGCUCGGCAAAAGUGGUGCGAUGAGGACUGGAGAUCAACUCUUCUCGAUCCAUAGCUUUCCAUCUCGCAUCUGGUCAUAAAUAAAAAUCAAAGAGAUCGCAGAGAACUCAUCUAUCCAGAGACUUCACUUCUCGGCUUGAGCUUUACGUUCAGACUGGUUCGUCGUAAUCUCAAGACUGGUCUUGGUGUAACCUCAGCAAGUACACUACCUCGGCAAAAGCGGGGAGCAGUUGGCGUGAUCUCCUCAAAACGCCCAUCUUGAGAUCAUGUUCAUCAUCCUCGUAGCUGUUGCCAUGACAGACAAUAAAUCUGAUGAGAUAAGUUUUCUCAUCUACUUAGUUAAUUGUUUACGUCAUAUAUCACCGCUUUAUACUUUGUGAUAGAACAAAAUCUUCACUUAAUAUUUUGUUAGUAAGGUUGAUACUAAACGUGAUCUCCCAUAUUAAUAAUUUAUAUGCUUGCUUGUGUCUUAAGACACACAAUUUUCAAUACGAGAUCAAAUUAAUUAAGUUUAAUUUUCUCUGUAUAGUAGAAUGAAGUGCUUUUGUACGUGGAGCAAAUACAGGAGGUCACAACUUUUCUUGUAUCCUGUCUCAGCAUGAACAAAUUCAUAUUGUCAUCGCACAGACGAGAUACGAGCACUCUUCUCUUACACAAGCGAAGUGGAGAAGAUGAAGAAUAUGAGACCUUCUUUGCAACUGGCGCCAACUAGAUCACAGUUCUCACAACUCUUGGCGACUUGCCAAUCACGAGCUCGCACUCACCACACCAGUGAGCCCACGGCAGUCUAGUUUCGAUCUCAGCAAACAUCUUCUAUGCCGACUACACCAGUCACGGCAAUGCGCGGAUCAACAAAACAACUUGCUCGGCACACACGAUCUCAACACGAGACUUCGGUUUUUAGCAGAGGCGAUCUUGAUGGGUUUGCUUUUGAGGACAGGAUUUUGUUCGAAAAAGUUGGUAGGUCGGAGUUCAAAGCCACCGGAUAAUGUAGGCAUCGUUGGGAAAUCUUCUUGGCUUGGGACAUGGUGGAAUCCGAUGGUGUACCACAUCACUAUAUCUUUAUUCUCUAUUUCUCUAUUCCUGUCACAUUCGGUUACACAUAACGUUUAGUCCCACAAUUUUUUUUAAAAAAGACGUAACAAUUUCUCUUCUAAAUACAAAAUAUACGUACCUUAAACUUUA